CGUUAAUAAGAUUUGAAGACUUUUAGUAGCUUUGAUGUCUACCUUGUAAGUGUUGAUUGACAGUUGUGAUUCACAGUUUACUUGAACAUUGACCCUCUGGUGGCACUACAGGAAAAGUCAGGAGAUCUGUCCCACUGUGCUGGCGAUCCUUUACACAAACGUCAAUCCAGCUCUGUGAUUACCUCUGUUGUCGGCUCAUUAACAGAGCUAGUUUAAAAGUGGGAAAAAACAAAAAAACAAAGGCACAGCCUCUAAAUCCACUGCACCAACAUCAGCAGCAAUGAUAAUAGAUGACAGAGUCUGACUCUGACAGUGAAACCCAUGUAUAAUAUGAAUUCUACUCAAGUAGCCCAUGACGUACGGCUGGUUGAUGUGACUGACUUACUGAAUAGUUUAUUGUUUAAUGGCUAUUACUGUAGCAGUUUGCAGUGUUGUUACUGGAAUUCAAUUCUGUUAACGUUGUUGUUUGUAAGGUCACCGUUUACAUUUACAGUUGUGAAACACUGAAUUUUAUUUCCUCAAAUAAUUUUAAUAGACCUUCUACAGUUUCUGAAGAGGAUGUUUUAAAAAAAGACCAUAAACUAGAACAUUUGAAAGACUGCAAUGAAGUUUUCAACUGAUCUAUAACUAAUGCAUUAUACAUGUAUGAAGGCUACUAGGAGAUCAAUAGAAGCCUAAAUAUUUAGAACUGUCUCCUGCUUUUUCUCACACAUACAGAUGGUAUUCUAUACACAUACACACACACACUUCUCUUUGAAACAGCAAUAGUUUGCUUUUUAUUGACUCAUGUUGGCAUAAAUUGGUGAUUACUGUAUGCAUUUUCUCAUUUCACAUUAUGCACUAAUUACUCAUUUUAAAAAGUGCCCCCAAAAUGUUUUUCUAAUUUCCUACACUGAUGAUAUCAAUUCAAAAUAUACUUGCAGAUCUGGUUUAUAUAUGGUGUAGCCUCUCUGACUUUUGCUGAGUCUCAUUCUUUCAAUCUCACAGAUCAAGUUUGAGAACAUGGGAGGUGGAUGCUCACAACAGUCACAAGGGUACCAAGAUGAGUAUGCCCUCAAUUUGUACCACACUGCUUUACAGAGCUCAUGCCUCCUACCUGAUGUCGGCAUAGAUGAGUCCCUGCUGAAAUUCUCUGCUCUAACAGUGGACCUUGGACACAUUGGGACAUCAGGGACGGAUCAACAAAUACACCCAACUUUACAGAGACCUCAUUGGUUCCUGGUGUCAUCGUCCCGGCUACAUAUGACUCUGGACUUUAUUGUUAUACAUUCUGAAUUACCUGAGGUUCAGUCUGUUGGACACGUCUCGUUCUUUCAACCUCACGGAUCAAGUUUGAGAACAUGGGAGGUGGAUGCUCACACAACCCACCAGGGUACAAUGAAGCGUACGCCAUUAGUUUGUAUGAAACAGCUUUACAGAAUACAUGCCUCCUACCUGAUGUCGGCAUAGAUGAGUCCCUGAUGAAAUACUCUGGUCUCAACUCCAACGCUGAACUGCAGGCGUACUCUAAUGAGCUGCUCAACAGCUUACCAGGCAACGUCGAAAAGCUGGGAUCUAGUUUGGGAGAAAUGACUUCAAUCCCAAACGCUGUUGGACUUAUGGCAAUGGUGAUUUCCAUGAUUAUGGAGAUGGCCAUCACGAGCUCCCAACAAACAAGUCCUGAUACAUACAGCUUGCUCCAUCGUGUAUUUGGUGAAGAGAAAGCCUCAGCUGUUCGGGACAAGUUGUCACAGUCUGUGACGCGCUGUCACACAUUCAUGAACAAUGACCAGCGUUUGCAGGAGGAAUUACGGAGACUAGAAGAGCAGCUGAGCGGCCAUCUCACCACUCUCAGAAACUCCCUGCUGUAUGACAAUCAGAUGAGCUCCAGAGGGUUCAAAAUCUGGGUCAAUGGAGCCUCCUUCCACGUCCAGAUGUUGAUCCAUGAGGCACGGCUGAACGUUAAGGCUAGAUACAUAAAUAAACGUUUAUCAUAUUAUGUUGAUUCAAUUAAAGCUACCAUCAGUUUGUAUUUGCAGGACCUUGAACGUUUGCUGGAGAAAUACAAGACUUACAAGAUUAGUACUACUAAGCUUGCGCCAGACCAGUAUUGCGUGGCAACCGGAUGGGGAAAUGUAUGCAAGCCAGUAAAUUGUUAUAUUAGAAAUACUGAGAAAACAAAAUGUGCAAUAAGUCAUUCUCAACAGAAUAGUGAAACCUGUGAUGGUUGUGAUAUAACUGAGGCUUAUAUAAAUCAUGUUUUCUCAAGAUAUGAACCAAUCACAAGCUUGAGAAAUCAUUUUUCAACUACCAAGAACAACAUUAACUCUCUAAUCAACCAACAUGAUACGUUCACUCUGCCUUCAAUAUUCUAAAAUCACUUUUCCCAUUUAGCUUAGUUUAGUUUUUGUUAUUUCAGCUCAUUGACCUUAAAGGACAGCUCCCCCUAAUUCACUUCCAUUGUAAGUGCCUUAUAAAGGGAUCUUCUAAUGGUCAGUGUGAACAGGAGGAAUGAUUACAACAAG